AUGGUCCAAGGAUAUGAUCAUGCUUUCAAAGAGUGGAAUGGUUACUCCACAUACAUGAAUAAAGAUGGCAUGCACGCUGGAGGAAGGGAUACAGUUCUUGUCGAUGCAUUGUCAAGGCGCAUUCCUCUUGUUAGCGACCGACCAACUAUAAUAUUUGGUGCUGACAUAACACAUCCUCAUCCUGGGAAAGAUUCUAGCCCUUCUAUCACAAUUGUUGUUGCGACUCAAGACUGGCUCGAGGUGACAAAAUAUGCUGGAUUGGAAAAUGAAUACCUCUAUAGAAUAGGGGUCCUCCGAGCAUCAAGUCCAAGCUGGGGUGAAACUCUUGGACUUGCUAAAAGUCUUGUAAAGAAAGUUGUGAGACUAGAUGUUCUUGUUGACAAGUAUCCAAGUUACAACUUUGUUGGCCGUUUACUGGGGCCACGUGGGAACUCCUUAAAAAGAGUUGAAGCUUCAACUCAAUACAGGGUUUAUAUACGAGGUCGAGGUUCAGUGAAGGAUUCUAUAAUGGAAGAAAGUUUACGGGAUAAACCUGGAUAUGAACACUUAAACGAACCGCUGCACAUACUAUUGGAGGCAGAAUUUACACCAGACAUACUUGAUGCUCGCUUAACCCAAGUUGUUACCACCCUAGAAGAUCUUCUGAAGUCUGUGGAUGAGUCAAUGGACUACUACAAGAAGCAACAACUCGGGGAGUUGGCCAUACUCAACGGCACGUUGAGGGAAGAGAGUCCACAAAUGAGCCCACAAACAUUCAGGGAGUUGGCCCACAGGAAAUAG